CCCUGGAGACGCGCCGCGGCGCCGGCCUCUCUAGCUAGCGGAGUGUCCUGCGGAGGGCGGCCCGGCCCGUGGCCCUGCGGCCACCAUGAAGCUGACACGAAAGAUGGUCCUGUCCCGAGCCAAGGCUUCGGAGCUGCACAACGUGCGGAAGCUCAACUGCUGGGGCAGCCAGCUCACAGAUAUUUCCAUAUGCCGGGAGAUGCCCAGCCUGGAGGUGAUCACACUCAGCGUCAACAGUGUCUCCACCCUGGAACCAGUGCGUGGCUGCCGGCGCCUGAGCGAGCUCUACCUGAGGAGGAACCGCAUCCCCAGUCUGAACGAGCUCUUCUACCUAAAGGACCUGCCACACCUCAGGGUGCUCUGGCUGGCUGAGAACCCGUGCUGUGGCACCAGCCCGCACCUUUACCGCAUGACCGUGCUGCGGAACCUGCCCCACCUUCAGAAGCUGGACAACCAAGCUGUGACCGAGGAAGAGCUGACCCGCGCGCUGAUGGAGGGAGAUGAGAUCACUUCCGCCCCGCACAGGGAAGGCGCAGGCAAUGGCUGUCCCAAGCCCCCCUACGCCCUCAGCUCCGUCAGCUCUGUAACUGAGACCAGCCAGCACCUGCUGAGCUACACAGAGGAGACAGAGGUCCAGGGCCGGACUGCCACAGACCAGUCUCCUUCCUUCUCACCAAGGGACACUAUGAGGACUCACAAGAAUAGGAACAUCCUGACUGCCAUAUUGCUGCUGCUGCGGGAGCUGGAUAUGGAGGGGCUGGAAACUGUCCAGCAGACCGUGGGCAGCCGGCUACAGGCGCUGCACAGACCUGAGCCCCAGGAGGACAUGGAGUGACUUCAUACGCCCCAGUGUCCAAACCCUGGUAUAUCCUGAGGAAACACAGCUCUACCUGGACCGCCUUCCUCUGGGAUCCCCACACCAAGCCAAUGUGGGCACAGCGGCUGCCAGCUAGGCAGACCCCACUCCUGUGCUUAGGGCUAGCAGAGAUGCUGCCCACCAGCAUGGUCUCUGGGACUUACCUGCUGGCCUUGAAGCUCUGGGCACUGUCUGACCCUUCCUCAAGAGAGGACUGAAGGAGUCAUGCCCUCCAAUAAAGCACUCUCUGUUUGGGCUGGAAGGUCUGGAACCAGAAGCACUCAUCUCAGGGCCUUGACGUCGAGGUUCGCGUUGUUCCUCGGCCGCUAGGGGGAGCUCUAUAUCCCUGUAUCAAGCCUGCCCUCGGAGGAGCCUGGAGUAUCUUCCAGGGCACUAUGUCCCAGGUGUCCUUAGACAUAGCCUGGCAGAAUGGAUUUUUUUCAGGACAAGGCUGGGCAGGACACUGUCCUUUUUCUUUCUUCUUGAGGAGAGGGAUGUCACCUAGGUAGAGUGACUGUUGGGGACAUCCAGGCUCACUCGUCAUUCUGAGGUGCCAGAUGCCUUCAGUAGUUAUCCUUGUUAGAGCAGUUGGGGGAGGCCCUGUAGCUUACCCAGGCAGGGCCACCUUAAUGCCCUGGGGUGACCUUACACCUGCCACCAAGAAAGGCAUCAAGAUUAGCCUGUGUAAAACAACCUGAGCAAAAAAGUCUGGGAGGGCCAAGAGACAGGUGGAGCAUGUCCAGGAAGCCUGCUGCACACCAGAGUUGGCUCUGUAGGUGACAUGUAAGGGUCUUAAUGCUGAAGGUUCAGGGCACCUGGGCCCUAACUCUGCUCCUCCACUGGCCCACUUCCAAACUCGGGAGUACUGUCUCUGUUAAUAAAUUGUUUCUACCAGU